GAGCAAUUAUCACUCGUUCCGCUCUAAAUAUUCCGUUACAUCGGCCUCAGCUGCAUUUCUUCUUCUUUUUCUGUUAUUACAGUCUCUGAAAAUUACAAAAAUUUGUUCACUUUUGGAUUCUUUUGCUCCUGGUUAUCAUCUAAAAUCUACUUACAUCGUUUGUGGCCAAAUGUGCAUAUUAAUUCCUCUUAUUCACGUCAUUGACCUCCGCCAAUCAAUAUUCCUGUUUUGUUUGCCUCAUAGCUAAUCGUUUAUAAAACAAAUGCGUAGACGAUCUCUGAUAAUUUUCCGUUUGCUUCUAAGGUUGAUUAAUGUGCAGAGGGUCUCGGCAAUAUUAGACUUCACUGUCUCUCAACUUCUCAACUUCUUUUUGUAGGAUGGCGUUAGAAGUUCGCUUUCUUCACGAUGGUCGCCUUGUCAGAUUCUUCUUCCUCACUUGCGUGGCUAUGUGUUGUUUGAGUGUCCAAGGAUUUACCAUUUCUUAUGACAAAAUUGUAAAAAAAGCGCGUUGUACCGCAAAUUGUUACACUCAGUAUGCAGUUCAUAACGAUUCAGAGAAAAUUUGUGAAAGUACAUCUUGCACCAAGUGUUUAGGACCAUGUGGGAAUGUAAUUUUGGGCCACUCUGAAUCACAAUGUCUACAAUAUUGUGGAAAUUCAAGCAGCUGUGGGGCAAGUUGUGAAUUUUUGGAGCAAUUGAACAGCUUUGCCUCGAUACAAGAUGGUGACGGCUCCAAGAUUCCGACACCGAGCAUUCCAAGAGUGAUAAAUAUGGACCUCACCUCUUUAUCUCUGCAGUGGGAUCCUGUGCAAAAUGCCAGUGGUACUCCUGUAUACUUGGUGACAGUAAACACAAUGGGCGAUGAUUCUUCAACGUAUACCAAUGUGCGUAUUUACCAUCCUGAACCCUGGAAACCACAGGGUCGGUACUGUUGGGCCUCAGCUUCCCUCGCUCAAAUUUCAAGUUCAUUGAGAAACCGGCACAGGAACCAAACGAGAUAAAAAAUAUUCGAUUAAACUCCAGCUACCAUUAAAUUUUUAACGGUCAAGUCACGCUCCCUCUCCCUACCACAGCCUGCUCCAGUCAGUGACUUGGCAUUAAUAAGUCUUGUCUAUGACAGUAACGGCUAUAAAAGCAACAGAUUAAAGCUGACGGCCAAUUGGACUCAGUCAAAACAACAAGAACUAAUUUCCGACCACUUCAUGGUGUGGAAAUAUGAAUGCUUUUUAGACAAUGGCGGUACUCGGAGAGUGAAAAGGACGGGGUCGACUGACCCUGUUGGAGACAUGACACUUAGUGAAAAAUUAAAGAAAUGCAGAAAUACUUUAAAGGUCUACGCAAUGUCACACUGCAUACAGAGCAAUGCAACAAGUAUAACUUUUGAGUACCCUGGAUGUGCGAAUAUCACCGGUUAUCCCGUGGACCUAUGCUAUAAAUUCGAUCCUCCAGGAUCACCAGACAAGGAUAGGCAGGUCCGAAACCUCAGCAUUAGUUCGAUUGCUAUUGGAGAGGGCUAUAGAUUCACUGUGAAUUUGACAUGGAUUCCUCCUCUGUAUCCCUACAAGACAAUAGAGAUCUAUUACAUCCUUGGCUAUGGUUCCACCACUAAAACGUCAUACUCAAUCAAGUCAUUAGCACCCGCUGAAACUUUUGAAGUAACGGUUUUGCCUUUUUUCCAGAAUUCUGCACCUGUAGGUGUUGAUAACACUAUUUCAAUAUCUACUCCUGCUGUUAAUCCUGCUGAGUUGGUGGUGCGAAACUUGGAGCUCAACGAUUUCAUCUUUUCACCACAAACGGGGACCUUUGACUUAAAUGCGACUUGGCACCAGCCCUCUUUAAACUACAGCCGUGUGCUAUGGUACUCCAUCAGCUACCAAGUGAAUGAAGGAAGUAAACGCUCUCUCAACACCAACAAAACAUAUUCUAUCAUUCAUGGAAUCUUACAUGGAGAGCCUGUUUCAUUCGAUAUCACACCCGUCUUUACGCAUUCUGAUAUAAUUGGAAGGGAAAAGGAAAUGGUCAACAGUGCUCCUCGCCCCAAUUCGUCCCAUAUUGUGGUGCAGAACUUGGACUUUGAAAGUUUCGUCUUGAUACCUUUGACUGGACAAUUCCGUUUAAAUGUCUCCUGGAAAAACCCUUUCUUCAAUUACAGCCAAAUUUUAUCUUACUCUGUCUCAUUUAAAAUAGACGGCGGGGACGAAAAUGUAACGCAAACGAACAGGACCUAUUUAAUCAUAUAUGGCAUCACACACGGAGAGCCAGUAACAGUUAGUGUUACCCCACACUUUGCCAACAGUAGGAUUCAAGGAAUAAGUUCCUCUGACACCUUUAACGCACCUGUGCCUCCUGAUGGCAAACUCAUGGUACAGAAUCUCACCAUUGCAGGAAAGUUUGUCGAACAUGAACAGAGUAACACAUUUGCCGUGAACUUCUCGUGGGAACCACCAUCUUUCAAGUACAAGCAAAUCGCUUAUUACAACGUGUCAUGCCAUUUCUCAGGUUAUCCACGUGAUGAGUUUCAAAGUUAUACCAAAACCAACUUGCAAAGAACAUUAUUCAGAAUAGCAGGAAUACUGCCACAGCAACGUGUCCACAUCGAGGUAACGCCUUUUUACAGCAACAAGUACAUUAGAGGAAAACGUAAGGAAGCAGAAGGUACUGCACCAGGACCUAGAGCGGAACUGGUGAAAGUUGCUGGACUGCGACAUAGUGGACUGGUGUCUAGCGCAGACGAAUCAUUUCGCACGACAGUGUCAUGGCAGAAACCGCUGUUCAACCACAGCACAGUUCAACAUUACAGAUACAAGAUAAGCAACAUCUCGUCGAAAACUGGAAAGAAAACGAGAAGGGCUACUGACUUCGACACAUACCUUACCACGAGAUCUAAUAACGUCACAAUCGACGGAAUCCAGAUGGAUGAAGAAUUUGAGUUUAGGGUUAUUCCAGUUUUUGAAGUGAACAAUAUCAUGGGGCAAGAAGACAGGAUAUCGAUCGUCAGAACUUCUUUAUCUGACCCUCCGGUCUCGCACCCAAUGUCUUCAGGUGAAAUAAUUGCACUAGUCAUCGGUUCGUUGCUGUUAAUUUUGGUUGCACUUUGUUUAAUCACCUGGUAUCACAGAGAGAGACAGAGGCGUCUAAAGGCUGACGGACUCAUUCCAGGUAAAAACGGUUCGAUAAUAGACCAGUGGGAGGUUGAUCCGGACCGUGUGACCCUGGAAGAGGAGAUUGAUGAGGGAGCCUUUGGAAAAGUGUUCAAAGGAACUCUUAAAGGACCAUCUACACUAUCAUUUAAUUCCACUUUUAAAGCCUCGCGGACCAUAAAAGGAAAUAAUAUGUGCACAGUCGCAGUGAAAAUGCUCCACGAGAUGAGAGACAGCGACCAAAGAAGAGAUUUUCUGGAGGAAAUUAAACUCAUGAAGGAUGUGGGAUCACACAGGAAUAUCGUGAACAUACUGGGAUGCUGCACUAUACAGGAACCUAUGUUUUUACUUCUUGAAUAUGUCCCGUACGGAAGCCUCCUUAAAUAUCUCAGAAAACACCGUGGAAAGAUGAAAGAGAAUCUUGCAGAGACCCCCCGCGGACCGUAUCACUCGACCUACUGUGAGACAUACUGCACAAAGGAAGGGAUAUCCAUUAAGGCAACUAAGAGUGACCGCAUCUACGUCAACGCUCCAGGACAGCAACAAGAAGAAACUGAAAACAUCCAACUCGUGAGUUUCAGUUACCUAAAUCCAGGAAGCAACAAUGGAGAAGAAAAUGAAAGAAAGAAUAAAGACGAAAGUGACAAAGAGCUAAAUAAAGAAGAAGAAGAAGAAGAAGAAGAAGAAAGCAUAACUCCAGGAGAUUUGAUGGCGUUUGCUUGGCAAAUAAGCCGAGGAAUGGAAUACCUGGCUAAGAAGGGAUUUAUCCACCGCGACUUGGCAGCCCGUAACGUUCUUGUCGGAGAGAAUAAAAGUGCCAAGGUGGCCGACUUUGGUAUGACAAGACAAGCAUAUGAGGAGAGAGUCUAUCAGGGGAAAACAAAUCGAAAAUUACCUCUGAAAUGGAUGUCAAUCGAAGCUAUUUUUCUUCAAACAUUUACAACUCAAAGCGAUGUAUGGUCUUUUGGAGUUUUACUUUGGGAAUUGGUAACACUUGGUGGAACACCAUACCCGACUAUUGACAACAAAGAACUUCUCCGCAUGUUGAAGGAUGGAUACAGAAUGGAACAACCCGAAACCUGUGACAAUGAAUUUUAUGAGAUGAUGAUGGAUUGCUGGAAGGAAAACCCCGACCAACGUCCAGGCUUCACUCAAUUGCGAGAGAAACUUGAGUUUAUGAUGCAAAAGGACAACCCUUAUUUGGAUUUAAGUGCCGUGGAUGAAACAAGAGAAUACUACAACGUUCCUUCAUUUAACAGCAUCAUGGAUGAGUCUCCAGAUGAGGAUUAUGGUUCUGAUAGCAUCGUCCAAGAGAGGCGUAAGUCCUCCACGGAUUCUGUGGAGCUGAAUGAUCAGCAAAAUAUGGAACAAUCAAACGGAGACGUCAGGGAGACCUCGGAGCAAAAAGGAAAUGAAAAAAACAUAGCACAAGAUGAAGAUCAAGACCAUUUUUCCAAGAACAAGAGUCCUAAUGGCGUUAAAGCUGAUGCUGACGUCAAUUUUGAUGAGCUCCAAAUGAUUUUAUGCAGGCCAUCAAAAAGGGGAGUUGCCUUCUAGCGCUGUAAAUAUUACCAGCUGCUAUCGAAAAAUCAAGAAAACUUUACCGAUGCCAUCCUUGAAA